AGCAAAUGCUCUCGAGGAGCAGCUGAAGGAGCAGGAGCUGCGAGCUGACCAGACCCUCCUGGAGGAGAUCAAGAAGCAGAGGGAGCUGCUCAGCAAAAUGGAGAGGGAGAAGAGCAUUGAGAUUGAGAACUUGCAGGCCAGGCUGCAGCAGCUGGAUGAUGAGAACAGUGAGCUGAGGUCCUGUGUGCCCUGUCUGAGAGCCAGCAUCGAGAGACUCGAGGAGGAGAAGCAGAAGCUGCUGGAUGAGAUUGAAGACCUCACUGUGCAGCUCACAGAGGAGCAGGAGAAAAAGAGGAAGAUGGGGGACAAGCUGAGUCAGGAGAGGCACCAGUUCCAGAAGGAGAAGGAGUCGACGCAAGAGCUCAUUGAGGACCUCAGGAAGCAGCUGGAGCACCUGCAGCUCUUCAAGCUUGAGGCAGAGCAGCGGAGGGGCAGGAGCAGCAGCAUGGGGCUGCAGGAGUACAACAGCAGGACGCGGGAGACGGAGCUGGAGCAAGAAAUCAAGCAGCUCAAGCAGGAUAACAGGAACCUGAAGGAGCAGAAUGAUGAACUGAAUGGGCAGAUCAUUAACCUGAGCAUCCAGGGAGCCAAGAACCUCUUCUCAGCCUCCUUCUCGGAAUCCCUGGCAGCAGAGAUCAGCUCUGUCUCCAGAGAUGAGCUCAUGGAAGCAAUCCAAAAGCAAGAGGAGAUCAACUUCCGCCUGCAGGAUUACAUCGACAGGAUCAUCGUGGCCAUCAUGGAGACCAAUCCCUCCAUCCUGGAAGUCAAGUAAGGGCGGCCGAGAGCCGCCGGCUGCGCCCCACGCGUGGGUCUGGUGCUCUGAGAGGAUGCAGAGGGACUCCACACGUCUUUGCUCUUGAUGAAGGCACGAGGAA